AUGCCCGAGUCUGGGCACGUAAGACGAGUGGUAUCAGCAUCAAGUCCAGGCUGCAGCAGUCCAGCGCUCGCUCUCAGUGCCCUCGAGUACGCGAUUGAAGAACGACGCGACGCUACGCUACGCGGCCAAAGUCAGCUAAAAGCGGGAAGAAUGAAGUCUUUGGGAUUGGGAUUGGGAGCGGGAGCUGCCUCUGCAUUUGCAUUCGGCCUACUUUGCUGUGUUUGGUGGGGCACAGCGCAGGCGCAGGUUGCCUAUGUGCGGCAUCUGUCAGAGCUGCGGAUCAACGAGCUCAAUGAUCUUGCCACUCGAAUUGGGGACUCGAUCAACCCGGAGAUAUACGCCUGCGACAGCUACUUCGACUACGUGUGCAGUCGAAAUCGGCCACUUUUCUCGAUUAUGGGUCACAUGCCACAGACAAGUGAACUCAUCCAACUGCUGACCCAGCUGCAGAACGAUCCCGAGCAGUUCGAGGCGAAGCAGAAGCUAAUGGACUUCUUCAUCUCUUGCAACACCCUGCGCUCGGUUGAAGACUGCUAUCGCGAGACAUUUGAGUUCUUCAAGCCGCUGUUCGGGUUCAUAAUAACCAAGAAUCUGGUGGAGUCCAGCAGCCACGAGCUGCGCGACUUUCUGGAAGUCCUGGACCGCUUCGUCGCCAGGUCGAAGGAGAUCUUUCGCUCGGACUCCCAUCCCAUUCUCAGCAAGCUGGCCACGUACAAGGAGAAGUUCCGCACCCCUGGCAUCUACUUCCACUCCGGGGAUCUGAACCGGGAGUACAAGGCCCUGCGCAUCUACCGCGAGAGCUAUGAGCACAACAUCCGGAACCUGGAGCAGCACCGCAAGAGGAACUCCACCUACGAGCUGGGCGUGCAGCGCACCAUGCUGGACUGGAGCCUGUACCUGUUCCAGAGCAGCAACAAGCCCAUGUCCUACUUCUACCCCACGUUCACCGUCCACCUCUACAUGACACUCUUCAACAGCACCGAGCGGCAGCGGGACUUCACGCGAUUCCGCGAGGAAGUCGAGUGCCUCAAGCUGCCGCAGUUUGUCAAUGUGCUGGAUGAGGCCCGCAUGCUGGCUGUAAUCUACCUGAAGAGCUUCCGCUACGCGUGGCACGACUACAGCGACUGGAUUAUAUCCAUGACGACGCACCGGGAGAUCUACGACCACGAGGACACAAUACUCAAGAAGUACCACCUGAACAACAAGCGCAUCUUCUUCACCCUCUACGCCCAGAACUUCUGUGAGUUUGGCAAGAAUCUCGCUGAAUCGCUCUUCUAUGUGGGACUCAAGCAGAACGCGGACUUCAUCAAUAGCUAUUCGUGUGGCUAUCAGACGGAAUCAUCCAGCUGCGUCUGAGCUCAUUUAAUCCUU